GGAAUCGAAACUUAACUGUGGGAAGUGAAGUCGGACAUAAAGCCUCGGCGGGUCUGGUCCUCCUCGGCUCGCUGUAUAGCAACGUCAGCACCACCUCCUCUCUGCAGGACCCUUCUCCAUUUACCCCCUCGGACUCCUAAUGAAACACUUUGAAACUUAACUUCGGUUCAAUGAACUUCCUCACAUCACUGGGGAGCAAGUAUGGACCCUGCCAGGCAGAAACGCAAGGAGGAGAUAAACAAAUCUCUAAACUUUAUACAGUCAUCCCUGGCUUAUCCAGAGCCCCAGGGCUACCAGGACUUCCUGACCCGCUUAGUGUGCAACCUGCUGGAUGAGGGCAACGCCUUGUUCAGAGACAGUGACUGGGAGCAGGCGGUGAGAGAGUUCAGUGAAGGCCUGAAUGUCUCAAACUACGCUCAAGCAGAGGACAUCCAGAUCCCCGAAGCUUUGCUGGAGAGCCUGUAUGUCAACCGGGCCGCUGCCUACCACAUCAUGGGGGACUAUGAGCAAGGCGUGAAGGACUGCGACAGAGCUCUGACAGUGUGUAAGGAAAGCCGCAGGGCGCUGUACAGGAAGGCACUUUGUUUGAAGGAGCUCGGGAAGUACAAGGAGGCCUACAACUGCACCACAGACUGUCUGCUCAUCACUCGACUGGACAAACAGGUAAACGACCUCGCUCAGGAGCUGGCCAUCCAUCUGGGACUAAAAAAACGAAAACCAUACGUCGGUGCAAAGGAACCCUCCCUUAUUACCAGAGGGGUCACAAAUGGAAACACAACUGAAGCCAUCAAGGUGACUGGUGCUCAUGUAGGAAACAAUUUGAAUCCUCUGAGGGGCCUCGCACCAGUCAGUUUUCCCAGCAUGCCUCGGUCCUCCAGUCACUCACCAACUCCCAGCAGCUGCCAGCCUGCCGUCGCCUCAUUACCUGACACGCUGGACACUUUGGAUGUGAUGGGAGACGACCUGGACAGUCUGCUCGACUGCUUCCCUAACGAGACGGAGCCAAGUGAGACCUCCACCCAGGCAGCGUUCUCAGUCCCCAGCAGGACUCCCACCAGCCAACACACGGCUCCUCCUGUCCUUCCAGCCCCGACGCCCCAGCUACCCCCGGCCUUCUUCAGCUCCGCCGUCAGCCAACUCAACUCCCUGGACUCCUUCUCAGGUGUUGUGUGCAGCACCACACCGGCAACACUGGAUGCUCUAGACGACCUCUUGACCUCUAGAGUUGGAAGUGGUGCCGAGGCUCCAGACUUGGUACUGACCUCUGCGGGGCUGGAUACUCUGGAUGGCCUUGAUUCCCUCGAUGACUUCUUGGAUACGACUCCAAGUGCUGCUGCUGCUUUGAAUGAGUCCAAAGGAGAACUGGGUGCAGGUGAAAAGUCCCUUGAUGAAUUGCUAGAUGAACUGGAUCCCCUGGACCAUAUAUCCGAUCCAGGUGGUCAGAGUGAUGAAGCCACUAAAACUGGUGUGAAAGCUGCAGAACCGCUCGACUCUCUCGAUGUCCUGGACUCGUUUCCCUCAGUAGAUGGUGUUGUGCCAGCUUUACCAGCGUUCUCCAUCGGGGGUUCAGGCCUGGACUCGCUGUCUGAUUUCAGCUCAAUUGGUGUCACAGAUUCUCACACUGCUGUAACUCCAGUAAUACGAUGUCCAAAGAAUAAUUACAAAGAGAAGAAUAACCAAGCACCAGCUGCAGGCUGUAACCCGUUAUCCUCCACCCAUGAGUUCCUGAAGGCCUGCCCUGCCUGUUUUCCUCGGAGAGGUCUAGGGAUAUAUACCUUUGUUCACAAGCCGGACCUGGUCCACACCUGUAAGGGAGACAUUCUGUUAUGUAGAAGAAAGACGGGUCAUCCUUCAGAGUGGACCAGAGUGCGACAGUUACCGACCUGGACUUCCUUCAGCGGGCCCUUUGUACUUUGCAGAGAGCUGCUGAGGUCCGGGGACUUGGGCUUGUGUAAGUUUGGAGAGAAAUGCACGUUUGCCUACAACCAGCUGGAGAUCGACGUUUGGACAGAAGAGAGGAAGGGGACGCUGGACAGAAACCUGCUGUUUGAAACAGCUGAUGCCAAAACGGACCCUGUAAAAGGCAUCACCCGUCUCCUGCAGGAACACAAGGGCAUGUUCAUAUUCCUCUGUCAGGAAUGUUAUGACAGUAAACCUAGAAUCAUCAGUAAGCGCAGUAGAGACAGUCACACCAUCUGCUCUAACUUGGAUGCUCGCCACACCUUUGAUGCCAAUAAGUGCUUGGCAUUUGUGGUGAGGACCCACAGCGUGAAUUACAGCAAGGUCCGAGCGCUGGGCGUCCUGUGCCACUUGGAUUUAUGCCGCCAAGCCAUCCGGUACGGCUGCCAGAGAGAGGACAGCUGCUUUUAUGCUCACUCUGUCAUAGAGCUCCAAACCUGGAGGGUGCAGCGAGACACAGGUAUCAGCCCUGAUGAGAUUGUCAAAGUAUCUGCAAAGUAUCACGAAAAGCAGGAACAAUACUUGAGCAAACAGAAAGGAAAUAGAUUGUCUGGAGGUGGUGGAGGUAAACCAAAAGGAGGAGGAGGAGUCGGGAAGAGUCUGAACAUGAAGAUGAAGUUUGCCUGUGCUCAGUGUCUGCGGGACGGCCUCGUAAGUGAACCGGACAAAGCCCUGAAGAACUGCACUGCAAAGGCCAGGCACAUGUGGACUAAAGAGAGAGGGGUCCUGCUGGUCAAGUCUUUGGAGAGAAGUAAAUGGGUUCAGGUCCGACCGCUGCCACAUGCCAAGAACUUCCCUGUGCAGUACGAUAUAUGUACGAAAAUUUUGGAGAAAAGGAAAUGUAACUACUCUGGGAACUGCACCUUUGCUCACAGCCAAGAGGAGAAGGAGAUGUGGAUGUAUAUGAAGAAUAAUGACUUGCGGGACAUGCAGCAGAUAUAUGAUAUGUGGCUGACAUUAAUGGCCCAAAACCGCCAAGCCGAUGGAGCCAUGCUCACCCAGUCCGUCCCAGAAGAGAAAUACAUUGUGAUGCCAACUGAUUAUGCUGAGCCAAUGAGCGGCUUCCACUGCCGUCUGUGCGGUAGGCACAGUAACAGCGAUCGGCAGUGGCAGCAGCACAUCUCCACUGAGAAGCACAAGGACCGAGUGUUCAGCUGUGAGGGGGAAGAAGAAGCUCUGACGUGGAGCUACCGUUUCCCCGGCACAUGCUUUGAACUCUGUCCAAAGUUGGAGGGCGGCUGUCCAGACGGUGUGAGCUGCGACUACGCCCACAGCUCAGAGGAGCUGCAGGAGUGGACAGAGAGACGAGAUUUCCUGCGACAGAAGCUAGCCAAAGCCAGAGAAGACAUGCUCAUCAUGCCUGAUGAGUUUGACUUUGGAAAGUUUAACUUUCUACUUCAGGACUGAGAAGAUUUUCUUUCUUUUUUUUACUUUGUGAGCUGUUAACUGCCAAACUAGCAUUCCAGUUUUCAGAUCAUGAUCAAAAAUCAGCAGAUGACAUGGUAAAACUAGCAGUGUGUGCAAUUUGCCUUUUAAAGGGUCACUUGAAAUUAUACAUAUCCCGUUAUUAUAAGUACUACUGCCAUAUACAUGCCUUAUUUACUUUACUUUAAGUUGGUUAAUAGUUGAAGUUAUUCUGACUGUACGGCACAUUUUCAGUUAGUUACUUUAGUUAGUUACUUUUUGAUCAUGUCUGUUCAGCUAAAACAUCAGUAGCAUUGUGAAAGUAAGCCUCAUGUUGGUGCCACGGAUACAAACACACACUUUUCAUUACGGAAUAUGCAUUAAAAAGUUCAUAUUUAACCACACAUGCAGCCAUUUGUGCACUUCAACCCAUGUGACAUUAACACAAACCUUUUGUUCAAAUGUUUUGUUCUUUUUGCUUCUGUUUGUGUCCUGUUUCAGCAGAACGUAUUAUGCAUUGAUUCCACAGUUCACCAAGAGAGAGGAUGUUCAAGGCCUCAACUUUGAGUUAAUAUUCUCUCCACAAAUAAUUUCUCAAGGUCUCAAUAAAAAUGGUAAUGCUCAGUUCCCAUUUAUACUGAAAGAAAGACGUGUUUUUGAUGGUAUUAUUUGACUUUGGAGGAUGUGUGUUAUUAUGAUUAGACAUAUUUUAAUCACUAGAGACUGGUGAUACUACUUUAACAUUAUGAUUAUGAGAGUUUAUUUUUUUUCUUAUAGUUGAACUAAAAGCACUGUUUCUAAUGGAUCCCAAUGAGAUCCAACAAGUCACUAAAAGAAACUUUUUUGAAAUAACGACUUAAAAAAAGGGAAACUUUCAUAAGAUACUAACUCAUCAGUUUGAUAACAUUUUUCAUUAUUUUGAGAUACUUAUUAUGCCAGAGCUUCUU